GCCGCGAAGGCUCUGCAAAGGAGCUGUCGGUCAAGGAUGCGGAACUGUCGACGCUCCAAGACGAGGUGAGACGCCUAGAGGCGCGUGGCGACGAGCUGGCGCGGCAGGUGGAAGCCCAGGCUUCCGAGAUUUCGCAAGUUUCGGGACAGCUGCACGAGCGUACACAGGAGCUCGCAGAUACAUCCAUCCAGCUCGCCGAUCGGACGGCCGAGUCUCGUGCGCAAGCCGCGGGCCUCGAGGAUCUGCAGCAGAAGCACACCAACCUCGAGGCCGUCCAUUCUGAACUCGUGGAGGAGAGCCAGAAGCUGCGCCUCGAGCUGGAGCAAGGACGGGAGAGGUCCAACGAAGUGCUGGCUGCAAAAGAUGCGCAGAUUGCCUUCCUGCGGAGAGAG